CGAUAUUAUCGAUAUCAGACCUCCGAUAUUUUGACGAUAUCGAUAUCCCGAAAUAUCGAUAAUAUCCCAUCACUAUAAAAAAUUGUUGUGUUUGAGUCUUGACUUCUGAAGUUCUGAAAAAUUCAAAAAUCAACCUAUCAUUUCGAAAACUUUGUGCUUACCACAGUGCUUACGAUGUGUGCUUUCGAAUCCUUCUAAGGAUUUCCCACAGCUGAGUCCUCAUUCUAACCCAUGGCUACAUCACAAAGCUACCAAGGGGAUCUUAAAAACAAUUGGCAUUCGCAGCUGGAUUGCUUAGACUACCUGAACUUGCACCUAGACUACUCUCAUCGUGAAACUUUCUACGAAUGGUCUCGUAUCCCCGAAUGCGAUGAAUUCAUCGGAGAAAAACGAAGUAAACAUACAGCAGUUGCUUAUAAGGAUGCAAUUUACGUAUUCGGAGGCGAUAAUGGGAAAACCAUGUUGAACGAUUUGAUUAGAUUUGAUGUUAAGGAUAAGUCUUGGAGCCGUGCGUUCACCAAUAGUUUUCAAGUUCCACCAGCUCCUCGUUAUCAUCAUUCUGCUGUAGUUCACAAUACGUCAAUGUUCAUAUUUGGAGGUUAUACAGGAGAUAUCCAUUCCAAUUCUAAUCUUACAAACAAGAAUGACUUGUACGAAUAUAACAUUAAAAUUGGUCAAUGGAUUAAAUGGAUUUUCAUCGGAAAAGCUCCGGUGCCCAGAUCUGCUCAUGGAGCUGCAGUAUUUGAUGAUAAACUAUGGAUAUUUGCUGGAUACGAUGGUAAUGCUCGAUUAAACGAUAUGUGGACAAUAUCGCUGAAAAAUAGAACAAUGCUGACACUUACCGAUCAAAACGGUGAAAUAUGUCAAGGAACUUGGGAGAAAGUCGAUCAAUUAGGAGAAUGUCCUCCGACCUGUUGUAAUUUCCCUGUAGCUGUUGCCAGAGAUUGUAUGUUCGUCUUUAGUGGCCAGUCCGGAGCUAAGAUCACAAAUAGUCUUUUUCAAUUUCAUUUCAGUACCAGAUUUUGGACUCGAAUAUCUACCGAUCAUAUUCUUCGAGCAGUUCCUCCUUCACCUACGCGUAGAUACGGUCACACGAUGGUGGCAUACGACAGACACCUUUAUGUUUUCGGUGGAGCUGCUGACCACACUCUUCCUAACGAUUUACACUGUUAUGACUUGGAUACCAAUACUUGGUCCAUCGUGCAAGUUACUCAAAAUAGUUACGUUCCUUCUGGACGUCUUUUCCACGCUUCAGCUGUUGUUGACGGAGCCAUGUAUAUUUUUGGUGGUACCAUUGAUAAUAAUAUUCGCAGCGGAGAGAUUUUCAGAUUCAAGUUCUCGCAGUAUCCAAGAUGUACUUUACACGACGAUUAUGGGAAAUUAUUAACUUCGAAGCAAUUUGUUGACGUCAAGUUUGUGAUCGGAAAAGAAGAAGUGAUUAUACCAGGACAUAUAGCCGUUAUUUCAGCACGAUCGAUGUGGCUUCGCGAAAGAAUACGAGAAGCUAAAGCUGAAGAAAUGGAAAACAAAACGGCUCGAGAUGAUACGAGUGAAAAGAAGCCUUCGAUUUUACGCGUUCGAUUGGAAGAUGCAGUUCCUGAUGCUUUUGAAAUGAUACUGGAUUAUAUUUAUUCCGAUCGUAUUGAUCCUACUCAUAAAAUUCAAAAUCCAAGCAGAAAUCGUAUCGUGUUACUCAUCAUGGAUGUUUAUCGUUUAGCCAAACAGUUUCAAAUGACGAAAUUGGAACAGCUUUGUUUGCAUUAUCUCGAAACCACCAUCGAUUUGAAAAACGUUCUAGAAGCUCUACAAUACUCGUCUAGUUUGGAAUUGAAUUUAAUAAAAAAUCUCUGUUUGAAGUUCAUCAUCAAAGAUGGCAACUAUAAAGAAAUCGUGAUGAGUGAUGAGUUCGAGGAUUUAGAUAAAACAUUGAUGAUCGAAAUCGUUCGACAGAAACAGGAACCCAGCAGUAGAUUGUACGAACGACCUGUAUUGGAUCCUGGACAUACUUUGGAGCUUGAUAUGGCUGCGUUUUUGAAACAGCAUUUAUUUUGCGAUAUGACUCUAGUAUUACAAGAUACUAACAUUCCUGUCCAUAAGGCGAUAUUAGCAGCUCGAUGUGGAUAUUUCGAAGCAAUGUUUCGUUCGUUUAUGCCCAAGGAUAAAAUUCAGGUCCGAAUAGGUGACGUUACUCCAUCAUUACAAGCAUUCAACUCUCUAUUGAAAUACAUUUAUUACGGAAACGUUAUAAUGCCUCCUGAAGAUUCGCUUUACUUGUACACUGCUUCUCAUUUCUACAGUCUUGCUAAUAAUAGAUUACAGGUCUACUGCAAAGAAAAUUUGGAAAUGAAUGUAUCGCCUCAAAAUGUACUGGAGAUUUUAGACGCUGCUAACUCCAUCCCAAUCGUCACCAUGAAAAAUUACGCUUUAGAUUUAAUCGUUCACAAGUACACUGAUGUUGUUGUGUUACCGAAGUUCAGACAACUCAGUAAAGAGCUAUUGCUCGAUAUUUCUGAUGCAAUGGUUAGAUAUAUGAACGAAAACAACGCCAAGUUGAAAUAAUCCAGCGAGGAGAUGAUGAAUUGAUGAAUUAGUCACAUUACGAUCAAAUUACGUCACAUCAUAAUUUACAACUUUCUAUGUGUAUGAGAAUAUGUUUCUCCUUUUGUCCUUAAUAAUGCCAAAGUCUAGAUGUACAAUUUGGUAGACGUGUUUUUGUUUUAUUAGAUAACGAAUAUUGUGAUAUUUUUAUAUGUGUGAUUUUACUUAAUAUUUUAAAUGUUUUAAAAUUCGGAUUAUUGCAUCAUGAUCUAUAAUCCUGAUUUGUGACGUGUUACUCUUAAUAAAUGUUCUCUAAAUUAAAAGUUGAGUCAAAAAAAAUUUAUUAACAGAGUUAUUACCGUUCGGUUCCCUUAGAAAAAUCUAUAUAAUCGAUACAAUUAAUUUAUCCACAACUUAAAACGUAAAAAAAAACAGACAAACAAACAAUCCUUACGCUGAUUUCUUUCGUUUUAUUUUCAUCCUUCAUUAGGUAUUAUUAUUCAUUAUUUUAUUAUUACCAUUAUUUUUAUAUUAUAAUUUUACAAACAACAACGCGUAAUAAUAGUAUAUUAACAAACAGGUAUAAUUUCAAGCUGAAAAAUUACAUAAGAGUUACUAAAUAAAAAGCAGCACAGUUUUCCAUACUAAUCGAAAAAGUUUACAAAUUUAUAAGAAUUUGAUAUUGGUGUAAAAAGUUUCGAAUACGUUCAUUUUUUGUUUGUUUUGGUUGUAAAAAGUACAUGAAAAUAUGUAAACCGAAAAUAUCAAUAAUGAAGUAAAAAAAAAAAAAGAAAUAUAUAAUAAAUAAGGGAAAACGAAAAGGAAAAAAAAAUGAAAGAAAAAAUAGAACAUAAAACGAACAACUUUAAAGAAA